AUGGAAGAAAGUCGAUUCGAGACGAGUGAGUUACAGGCAUCGUUCAUGAUGUCGACUCCUUUAUGGUCCGAUUCAUGGAGAUUAUGCAACGCAGCGAAUUUCUCAAGGAGUAUUCAGAUCCACCACGUCGCCGGAAUCAUGUAUGUUGCUUUACCGGCGGUGGAGAUGAUUCAGUUGGGAGAUCUUGUGGGCUUGGAAGUCGCCGGAGUUGGAGUUUUCUCCGGUUUAUCAGCAGCAUUAGCCUCCGGUGAGCCACCGCCUAUGGUCGACUCUGCCAUACUCAACCUCUUCCUUCAAUCAAAGAUCAUAGAAGGAUUGGAAUUAGAAGGAAGAAAGAAGGUGGUGAUAACCGGACAUUCAACCGGCGGCACAUUGGCCGCACUCACCGCACUUUGGCUUCUCUCUCAACCUUCUCCGCCGUCAUUCUCUCUCCUCUGCAUCACCUUUGGCUCUCCUCUGCUCGGAAACCAAUCUCUCUCUUCCUCAAUUUCCCGAUCACGUCUAGCUCACAACUUCUGCCACGUGGUCUCAGUCCACGACCUCGUUCCAAGAAGAAGCGGUGAACAAUUCUGUCCAUUUGGAACAUAUCUCUUCUGUUCCGACAAUGGAGCUGUCUGUUUAGACAACGCUGCUUCAGUUCGUAAAAUGUUUCUUAUACUCAACAACACAACAAGAGCUCCAAACAUUGAGGAACAUCUUAGGUACGGACACUAUGUGUCAGCACUCUCUCUCCAGUUUCUUAAAUCAAGAAGCUUUCUUGGUGGGAAUAUCUCAGACAAUAGCUAUCAAGAUGGUGUUGCAUUAGCGGUUGAAUCUCUAGGGUUCUCUAAUGAUGAACCAAGUGGCGUAUCUGCCAAGGAAUGUAUAAAAACAGCUACAAGAGUCGGUCGUGCUCCGAUUUUGAGAGCCACUGAGUUAGCUGUUGAGCUUGGUAAUAUCUUGCCAUCUCGACUCGAGAUUCAAUGGUACAAAGAACGUUGCGACGCGUCGGAAGAGAAACUCGGUUACUACGAUUUCUUCAAAAGGCAUUCGAUGAAAAGAGACUACAAGGUGAACAUGAGCCGGUUAAGGCUAGCUAGGUUUUGGGACAGAGUGCUUNAAAUGAUUGAGAAGAAUGAGUUACCUUUUGAUUUUCAUUUGGGGANUAAAUGGAUUUACNCAUCUCAAUUCUAUCAACUCUUAGCCGAGCCACUCGACAUUGCGUAUUUCUAUAAGNAUAGAGAUCCAAGGAGUGAUGGGCAUUACUUGGAGNANGGGAAUAGACCUAAAAGGUAUGAAGUGAUUGAUAAGUGGUGNAGAAGAGAAAGGNAGCCUGUGAAAGAGAAGNUUGNGAGAAGCAGAUACGCGANUACGACGCAAGAUACUUGCUUNUGGGCUAAGCUUGAGGAAGCAAAAGAGUGGUUGGAUGAGAUAAGAAGCGAGAAUAGUACUGAUGCGCAAAGGCGGUCUUUGUUAUGGGGAAAGAUUGUUGGAUUUGAGAGUUAUGCGGAUACAUUGGUGAAGAAGAUGGAGGUNUCGAAGGAUGUUUUGGCGGAGAGGUCGAGUUACAGUGUUUGGAUGGAUAAUCUGAGAGAUUUCAAGUUUAGAAUGGGUAAUGGCAUUGAGAUGGUUGUUGAUCAUGAGAGUCAUGACGCGAUGAAGACUUAG